AUGGCUUCUCGACCAGACUUUGACAAAGACACAACUUCGGAAGAGGUUGUUGCAGCGUUUUCCCAUCACAUCGCCGGGACCACAAUACUUAUUACCGGAGUUUCCCCUAAUGGCCUCGGCGCAGCUAUGGCAAUGACCCUUGCUUCAAAGCAUCCUGCUCUGUUGAUAUUCACGGCACGGCAAAUCGCAAAAGCCGAUGAGGUGGCUCAUGCUAUCAAGACUAACGUCAAAGAUUCACCGUCAAUGAUUUCAUUAGAGAUGGAUUUGUCCUCUUUUGAAUCUGUCCAGGACGCUGCUAAAAGGCUGGUAGAGCAAAACAUCACCAUCAAUACCCUGGUGAAUAAUGCCGGAAUCGAACCCUAUCUGUCGAUGGCCAUGCAUUUUGCGACUAACUUUCUCGGCCAUUGGCUUUUCACCAACUUAAUCUCAUCCAAUAUCGCCCAAGGUGGACGAAUAGUUAAUGUCACAUCCGGAGGCUACAUGAUUUGUCCUAUCCGCUUUCAUGAUAUCGAUUGGGAGGGCGUAGAGGCAUUGCCCCAAGAAGAACAGCCAGAUUUUGCCGCAGCAAAAAGUUUGGGAAUUGGAUCUCUCACAUCGACUGGUGAUUAUAAUGGGAUGCUGGCGUACCUGCAUUCAAAUGCGGCAAGCAUGCUUCUCUCUGUUGGGCUCACAACACGCCUCAAGAGUCAGAGGGUCUCGACACUCAGUGCAGCCCCGGGAGUGGCAAUUACGGAGUUGCAACGGCAUAUCGGUGGUUUCCGUAAUGCAACUAUGGAAUACAAGACUGCUACACAGGGGGCCGCCAGCCUGCUUGUUGCAGCCCUUGACCCUGCUCUUCAAAGUCACAGCGGUGCAUACAUCAACGAUUGUCAGCUUACGGAGAUCAUAUCUAGCCACGUUCAAGACGAAGAGGUGGCGAACAGACUCUGGGCCGUCGCCAACAAAAUGACUAAUUGCAAUUUUUAA